AUGCCGCAGAACGAGUAUAUUGAACAGCAUAUAAAACAACACGGAAGAAGAUUCGACCAUGAAGAAAGGAAAAGGAAAAGAGAAGCAAGAGAAGGCCACCGAGUAGCCAAGGAUGCCCAGACGCUCAAGGGCUGGAGAGCUAAGCAAUUCGCCAAGAAGAGAUACAGCGAAAAAGUCAGCAUGAGAAAGAAGAUCAAGGCCCACCAAGAAAGCAAAGUGAAAGGUCCUCUGACUCCCAAGGAAGACGAAGGCGAAGCUCUCCCUACCUAUUUAUUGGAUCGUCAAACUAACAAUACGGCCAAGGCGUUAUCAUCGAGCAUCAAGCAGAAAAGAUUGGAGAAAGCCGACAAGUUCAGCGUACCUUUACCGAAAGUUAAAGGUAUUUCGGAGGAAGAGAUGUUCAAAGUGAUCAAGACCGGUAAGAGCAAGAGCAAGAGCUGGAAGAGAAUGAUCACGAAGCACACUUUUGUCGGCGAGGGUUUCACUCGUAGACCAGUGAAAAUGGAAAGAAUUAUUCGGCCUGCUGCGUUGAGGCAGAAAAAGGCCAACGUCACCCACCCGGAGUUGGGCGUCACUGUGUUUUUGCCCAUCUUGGGCGUGAAGAAGAAUCCACAAUCGCCCAUGUAUACCCAGUUGGGUGUUUUGACUAAAGGUACCAUUAUAGAGGUGAAUGUCUCGGAGUUGGGGUUGGUUACCGCUGGUGGUAAGGUUGUUUGGGGUAAGUAUGCUCAGAUUACAAAUGAGCCCGAUAGAGAUGGUUGCGUUAAUGCGGUAUUGUUGGUAUAA